GGUCAAUGUGUUUUUGCAUUAACCUAUAAAUGUAACUGUUUUUGACGUUCUUAGAUCAGAUUCUCCUGGACACUGUGCCAAGUAUGGUAGCUACUCCUUGAUUGAGGAUCGAAUUAACAAAGUUUUGGAUGUUCAGCUUGUCCAAAGCUCAGAAGUCCCAAGCAGCUCUUGGUGUGAGCUAGAGGGUCUAAAGCGGAGUAUGCAGUUCCUGAUGGACCAAGACAUGCAAGUGUCUGCUCUGAUAACAGACAGAAAUCGGCAGGUGGCCAAGUGGGUACGUGAGAAAAUGUGUUCAGAAGGAACAAAGCAUUUCUUUGACGUCUGGCAUAUUGGGAAAAGUGUACAGAAAGCACUGGAUGCUGCUGCAAAAGAGAGGGACUGUGAGGAUCUGAAGCUGUGGAGGCCUGCCAUUAUCAACCAUCUCUAUUGGACCGCAGCUUCCACCCCUACAGGAGAUCCAGAUGAGAUGCAGGCAAAAUGGCAGAGUAUGAUAAAUCAUGUACAGGACAUACAUGAACACAGCUCUCCAGCAUUUACCAGCUGCGCACAUCCACCGUUGGAAGGAGAGGCAAGAAACAAGGAGUGGCUGGAACCAGGAUCACCAGCAGCCACUAAACUGGAGAGUGUAGCUGCCAGGAAAGCACUGGUAAAGGAUAUUCGACAAUUGUCACCUCAGCAUCAGACAUUCUCCCUGGAGGCCUACCAUUCCCUUAUUCUGCACUUUGCUCCCAAACACACUGGCUUUUCUUUUCUUGGGAUGUACAGCAGACUUCUCUUGGCAGCCCUACAUUUCAAUAGUAAUGGCAACAGAGAUGUAGCGCGUACUAGUGAGGGUGAGGUACGCUACGCUGUUCGCUACCCACGGUUUCGGAAAGGUGGCUGGGUAGUCCACCCCAUCAAGGAGAAACCAUCUUACGGAUACGCAACAAAUCUUAUGGUCUCUCUGGUAGAGGAAUACUGCAAGUCACCACAGGCCCUACAAGAAAGCAGUGCCGUCUUGUCCUCUGCUGCACCGCCCCCCCUCACCUCUUCCGUCCAGAAGGUUGCCAAGGAUGAGGCAGUCAGCCUCCAUCUCGCACGACACUCACGUUUUAACAUGUAAUA